UUCUUUCAGUGGAAGAAGAGAAACAGUGAAACACUCUCACGCUGCCAUCUGUUCUUCUUUAAUACUCUAAUUCUAAACUUUCUUGAAUCCAUUGCCAUAUCUCUCUCUCUCUCUCUCUCUCUCUCUCGCUCCACUACCAAAUCCUUUCUCCUCCAAAACUCAUUCUUUUAUUGCUUUUUUUAUUCUUAUUUUUCAUGAUCUUUUCUAUCAACGCCAGGAGAAAUUAUAUCUUCUCCUCCUCUUCCUCCUCCUCCUCCUCCUCCGUGAAUUCAUGACGAAAGCUUGUAGCUUUAUCAUUGAAUUGAAUUGAAUUGAAUUGGAGUAGAGAAAGAACUAGGAAGGGCAAGCAAGCAAGCAAGCAAGGAAUCCAUGGAUACGGAACCACUCCUCAUCCCAUCAUCGGGUAGAAGGAAACUUAGUAGCUCUUCCAUGCUCUGCCCACUCCCAGAGGACGGUGAGAUCUCCAUCCCAAUUCCCAUCUCCAUACCUUGCCCUUCAUCUCCUUCCUCCCCUUCGUCCCUCAAGGACCGCCUUAUCUUCGGUGCCGCUGCCACAUCUAGAUCGCCGCUUGCCCCGGAUGAGGAAGUCAAGCUUGAGAGGGAUAAGAACGAUGAAUCCUUUGUUCCAUGGUGUUCAACCAAGACCAACCUCCACCGCUCUCGGACCGCCCCUGCUAUGUCUACUAUCAACGACGUCGCCGGGGAUCAUCCAGACACCGACCUCCCUCCCCCUCGCCGACCCGCCAUCAUCCGCCAAGCGUUCCUCUUUCUCUUCCUCUACCUCGCUGUCGGCGUCGUCGUCUACACCAUUCAACGCAGCCAUUUCUCCGCUGAUGAGACCCACCCGGUCGUCGACGCCCUCUACUUUUGCAUCGUCACUAUGUGCACUAUAGGAUAUGGCGACAUCACUCCGCGUACUCCCUCAGCGAAGUUCUUCUCCAUCACCUUCGUUCUGGUUGGAUUCGGCUUCAUCGAUAUCCUUCUUUCCGGCAUGGUGUCCUAUGUGCUUGAUCUCCAGGAGUCGCUUCUCCUGGGCGCCGUCCGCAAGGCUAAUCACAACUCGUACAUCGUUGAUGUGAAGAAGGGCAGGAUGCGGAUCCGGCUCAAGGUCGGUCUUGCCCUUGGCGUCGUCGUUCUCUGCAUCGGGGUUGGCACUGGUGUCUUGCGGUUCGUAGAGAGGCUGGAUUGGCUGGACGCUUUCUACCUAUCGGUCAUGUCCGUCACCACCGUCGGCUACGGGGAUCGUGCCUUCAAGUCAAUGCCUGGCCGGCUUUUUGCUGCUAUAUGGUUGCUCGUCUCCACUCUCGCCGUCGCCCGUGCUUUUCUCUACUUGGCCGAGGCCAGGGUUGACAAGAGACACCGAAUGAUGGCCAAGUGGGUGCUCGGCAGGCAUAUGACCGUCGCCGAGUUCCUCGCCGCCGAUAUUGAUCACAAUGGCUAUGUCACGAAAUCAGAAUUUGUCAUCUAUAAGCUAAAGGAAAUGGGGAAGAUAUCAGAGAAAGACGUCAUGCAAGUAUGUGAUAAAUUUGAUAGGCUGGACACCGGAAAUUGUGGAAAGAUCACUCUCUCAGAUCUCAUCGAGUCUCACCACUAAUUAAAAGUUAAAACUUGACAGGGUACAUGGAUUAAGACCUUUUUUUUUUUUUCUGGGUGUAGGGUCUCAGAGAAGAUGGGAAGGUGUGGUUGUGUAAUGGAUUUUUGCUUUACUUCUGUUCUAUCAUUGGUGUGCCGCAACUGGCCACAUUUGUACAUGUUCGAAUGUUCCAAAACUCAUUUGAUAUACAAAUCCUAAUUAAUCCAUAUGUUUCUGUCCUUACACAU